ACUCCGUAUCUGGGUUUUAGUUGGGCAAUACGUUGGGCGCCUGGCCAGGGCCAGGCUACUGGGAAGAAAAGUCCUCUGCUUGGCAGCACCUGCUUGAAACACUUUCCACUUUUGUCCGCUUUUCAAGAUGGUGGCCUCCCGGGCGAUUGGCAGCCUCAGCCGCUUCACUGCUUCUAGAACCCUUCGCUCUCCAGGUUAUAUUUGCCGCUACUUUACAAGGUCCUCUACUUUGCUGGCCAGAGCCCACGUUAACUAUGGAGUCAAAGGGGAUGUGGCAGUUGUUCGAAUUAACUCACCAAAUUCAAAGGUAAAUACACUGAAUAAAGAGCUGCAGUCAGAAUUCGUAGAAGUAAUGAAUGAAAUCUGGGCUAAUGAUCAAAUCAGAAGUGCCGUUCUUAUUUCUUCAAAGCCAGGCUGCUUUAUUGCAGGUGCUGAUAUCAACAUGAUAGCCACUUGCAAGACCUCUCAAGAAGUAAUACAAUUGUCACAAGAAGGACAGAGAACGUUUGAGAAACUUGAAAAGUCCACAAAGCCUAUUGUGGCUGCCAUCAGUGGUUCCUGCUUGGGAGGAGGACUUGAGCUUGCCAUUUCAUGCCAAUACAGAAUAGCAACAAAAGAUAGAAAAACAGUAUUAGGUACUCCUGAAGUUCUGCUGGGGAUAUUACCAGGAGCGGGAGGCACACAGAGGCUCCCCAAAAUGGUGGGUAUACCUGCUGCUUUUGACAUGAUGCUAACUGGUAGGAAUAUUCGGGCAGACAGAGCAAAGAAAAUGGGACUAGUUGACCAAUUGGUGGAACCGCUGGGACCAGGAGUAAAACCCCCAGAGGAACGAACAAUUGAAUACCUAGAAGAAAUUGCAGUUACUUUUGCCAAAGGACUAAGUGAUAAGAAGAUUUCUCCAAAGAGAGACAAGGGACUGAUGGAAAAAUUGACGUCAUACGCCACGAGUAUUCCAUUUAUCAGGCAACAGAUUUACAAAAAAGUGGAAGAAAAAGUACAAAAGCAGACAAAAGGCCUUUAUCCUGCACCUCUGCAAAUAAUCGAUGUGGUAAAAACUGGUAUAGAGCAAGGGAGUGAUGCUGGCUACCUCUGUGAAUCUCAGAAAUUUGGAGAGCUUGCAAUGACCAAAGAAUCAAAGGCCUUGAUAGGACUCUACCAUGGUCAAGUCCUAUGCAAGAAGAAUAAAUUUGGAGCUCCUCAGAAGGAUGUGAAGAAUCUAGCUAUUCUUGGUGCAGGACUGAUGGGAGCCGGCAUUGCCCAAGUCUCUGUGGAUAAGGGACUAAAGACUAUACUUAAAGAUGCUACAGUAGCCGGCUUAGGCCGAGGACAGCAACAAGUAUUCAAAGGAUUGAAUGAUAAAGUAAAGAAGAAAGCUCUAACAUCAUUUGAAAGGGACUCCAUUUUCAGCAAGUUGACUGGGCAGCUUGAUUACCACGGUUUUGAAAAAGUUGACAUGGUGAUUGAAGCUGUUUUUGAGGACCUUAAUCUUAAGCACAGAGUGCUAAAGGAAGUAGAAGCGGUGAUCCCACAGCACUGUGUCUUUGCCAGUAACACUUCUGCUCUCCCAAUCAAUGAAAUUGCGGCUGUCAGCAAAAGACCUGAUAAGGUAAUUGGCAUGCACUACUUCUCGCCUGUGGACAAGAUGCAAUUGCUGGAGAUUAUCACAACCGAAAAAACAUCUAAGGACACAACUGCUUCAGCUGUCACUGUUGGUCUCAAGCAGGGGAAAGUCAUCAUUGUAGUUAAGGAUGGACCCGGCUUCUAUACCACCAGGUGUCUUGCACCCAUGAUGUCUGAAGUCAUCCGAAUUCUCCAGGAAGGAACUGAUCCCAAGAAACUGGAUUCCCUGACCACAAGCUUUGGCUUUCCUGUGGGUGCUGCCACACUGGUGGAUGAAGUUGGUGUGGAUGUAGCUAAACACGUAGCAGAAGAUCUAGGCAAAGCCUUUGGGGAGCGAUUUGGAGGUGGAAAUCUAGAGCUGCUAAAGCAGAUGGUAUCCAAGGGUUUCCUCGGUCGCAAAUCUGGGAAAGGCUUUUACAUCUACCAAGAGGGUGUGAAGAGUAAGAAUUUGAAUUCUGAUGUGGACAGUAUUUUGGCAAGUCUGAAGAUGCCUCCUAAGUCUGAAGUCUCCUCUGAUGAAGACAUCCAGUACCGCCUGGUGACAAGAUUUGUGAACGAGGCUGCCAUGUGCCUGCAGGAAGGGAUCUUGGCCACACCUGCUGAGGGAGACAUCGGAGCUGUCUUUGGGCUCGGCUUCCCCCCUUGUCUUGGAGGGCCCUUCCGCUUUGUGGACCUGUAUGGUGCUCAGAAGAUAGUGGACCGGCUCAGAAAGUAUGAAGCUGUCUAUGGAAAACAGUUCACCCCGUGCCAGCUGCUAAUUGACCACGCUAACAGCCUCAAGAAGUUUUACCAAUGAGCGGCCCUCACACGUGCUCAGUAGGCUCACUGAUCCCCAGCUGCAGGCAGUGCUGUUUUUCCAAUAGGGUGGUGUCUAGAUUUAUCAGCGCUACCAGAAGGCAAACAAUCUCAGGCACCAGAUUUGCUCUUUGAUUAAAGUGCCUUCAGCUAUGAC